CGACUUCGAAAUAACAUUCAUGCCCAGCACCGUGAUUCUCAGACAUCCUGGUAAUUCCCAAACUCCCAUAGUAAUUAUCUACUAACCUCACCGGAGAAAAAACCCACAACGCUCUGUACAACCAAGCCCAGCAUGGUGACAGAAAAAGCGACGAACGUUUCGGAAAUCGAGGACGACGAGGAUGACGAAGAACCCGGGGAGGUGAUCGAAUCAGCUCCUCCUCUCAAGGUCGGCGAAGAGCGCGAGCUCAGUAUCUCUGGCCUCAAGAAAAAGCUCCUCAAGCUCGGCCAUGGCUGGGAAACCCCUGAGCUCGGUGACGAAGCCACUGUUCAUUAUGUUGGUACUUUGCUUGACGGAACAAAGUUCGAUUCCACAAGAGAUAGAGAUGAUGAGCCAUUGACUAUAAAGCUUGGUCACGGUGAAGUGGUUAGUGGAUUGGAACAUGCUAUAGUUACAAUGAAGAAAGGGGAGAUUGCUUUGUUCACAUUGCCUCCUGAAUUAGGCUACGGGGCUGCGGGCCGCCACGGCGUUGUUCAGCCUGAUUCGGUUGUUCAGUUUGAAGUGGAACUCGUCUCAUGGAUAACUGUGGUGGAUGUUAGCAGAGACGGUGGAAUUAUCAAGAAGAUAAUGGACAAGGGAGAGAGCAAUGAACAACCCGGCGAUUUGGACCAAGUUCUUGUGAAGUAUCGCGUUGCGCUAGAUGAUGAUACUAUUGUUGCAGAAACUUCGGAAGAAGGAGUUGAAUUUUAUGUGAAAGAUGGUCAUCUUUGUCCAGCAUUGCAAAAAGCAAUAAUGACCAUGAAAAGGGGAGAGAAGGCCAAAUUAGUUGUUCAGCCUCAGUAUGCCUUUGGAGAGGAGGGGAGGGAUGCAAAUAAUGGGGUUCAUUCAAUCCCCCCGGGUUCUAUACUCAACAUUGAUGUGGAGUUGGUGUCUUUCAAGCCUGUUAUUGAUAUUACUGGUGAUUCCAAGGUACUUAAGAAAAUUUUAAAAGAAGGUGAAGGGGCUGUCAUUCCCAAUGAAGGUGCAACUGUUACUAUUAGCUAUAUGGCACGGCUAGAAGAUGGCACCAUAUUUGAGAAAAAAGGAAUUGAUGGAGAGCAGCCUUUGGAAUUUAUCACUGAUGAAGAGCAAGUGAUUGCGGGUCUAGACCAAGCAGUGGCAACAAUGAAGAAGGGAGAACGGGCAAUAUUGACCAUACAUCCUGAUUUUGGAUUUGGAAGCAGUGAAGUAAGGCAGGAUCUUGCUGUAAUUCCACCAUCUUCAAAUGUAUUUUAUGAAGUUGAAAUGAUAGAUUUUACUAAGGUAAAAGCACCAUGGGAAAUGAGUAACAAUGAGAAGAUUGAGGCAGCUAGAAUGAAGAAAGAAGAAGGCAAUCUACUAUUUAAAACUGGGAAAUAUCAACGAGCAAGGAAAAAAUAUGACAAGGCUGCAGACUUUGUUAAUGAAGAUGGAUCCUUUGAGGAUGAUGAGCAAAAGCUUGCUGAACAAUUAAGAGUAUCUUGCUGGUUGAAUGGUGCAGCAUGUAGCCUCAAACUACAUGACUUUCAGGGAGCAAUCAAGUUAUGUUCAGAGGUGCUAGACAUUGAGUUCCACAAUGUGAAAGCUUUGUACAGGCGGGCGCAAGCCUAUAUGGAAACUGCAGAUCUGGUCUCUGCUGAAUUAGACAUCAAGAAAGCUCUUGAGGCUGAUCCUCAUAACAGGGAGGUGAAGUUGAUUCAGAAGAAUUUGAAGCAACUUCAAGCUGAGAGCGACAAGAGAGAGUCAAAGCUCUACAUGAACAUGUUUGCACAUAAGACAAGGGACACACCUGUGGCUACGAAGAAAUUGAAGCUUGAGAAAGGAGAGGAUGAUAAAACAGAUGAAGAGGUCGUGGGAAUGAAAAUGGAAAAAGUUUCUGAUAGUUCUGCCCACUCCUGAUGGUGGUGGAGUGGCUGUUGAUUCUUUUGGAAAGACUUGGUUCAUGAAGCAUGUGAUGUUUAAUGUACGAGAAACUAUAAAGCCGCAACUGUAAUUACAGACACAGGAAAGAAAAUAUUCAAAAAUCAUUAAGCAACAAUACAAAUGAGUUAAUCCAGGUUUAGAUCUGUUGUUAAUUUGGAAAAUUUUGUCCUUAAGACUUUAAAAUCAUUGUCAAUAUGAUCCUCCUCUGACAUAAACUUUGUAGUUUUA